GUGGAUGGUGUCCCCAUGCCGUGGGUGGUGUCCCCAAGCCGUGGGUGCUGUCCCCGGGCUGGGGCAGGUGCUGGGCAGCCCCCGGCACCGCGUGGCUGCCGCCGGUGCCUCCCAAAAUCCCCAUCCCGAAAGGGGCUCGGCCGCACCCGGAGCCCAUCCCGGCCCCUGCCACCUCCCAGCCGGGACCCGCGGGGGUCGCCCACCGUGUCCCCUCUCCGCGGUCCCGGGGACCGAGCCCCCCCCGCCCUGUCCCCGCCUGACGUCACCGGCCCCGCCGCGUCCCGGAGCUGCUGCGGGAUGGAGCCCGGAGCUCGGCUGUGCCUCUCGCUCUGCCUCGCCGCCGUCCUCCCGGCCCCGGGCUGCCGGGGAGCGCAGGGCAGGCUCGCCUACAAACUGCUCCACGACCUCUUCGCCAACUACUCCAGCGCCCUGCGCCCCGUGGAGGACACGGACCGGGCGCUGAACGUCACCCUCCAGGUCACCUUGUCGCAGAUCAUCGACAUGACCUGGCUGGACGCCCACCUCACCUGGGACAAGGACGGGUACGGCGGCAUCGACAGCAUCCGCAUCCCCAGCAGCUACGUGUGGCGGCCUGACAUCAUCCUCUACAACAACGCCGACGAGCACUUCGGGGGCUCCAUGGAGACCAACGUGGUGCUGCGCUCCGACGGCCGCAUCAUGUGGGACUCGCCCGCCAUCACCAAGAGCUCCUGCAAGGUGGACGUGUCCUACUUCCCCUUCGACGGGCAGCGGUGCCGCCUCACCUUCGGCUCCUGGACCCACAACGGGAACCAGAUCGACCUCCGCAACCAGCUGGACAGCGGGGACCUGAGGGACUUCGUGGAGAACGUGGAGUGGGAGGUGCUGGGCAUGCCGGCCACGAGGAACGUCAUCACCUACGGCUGCUGCUCCGAGCCCUACCCCGAUGUCACCUACACCCUGCUCCUGCGCCGCCGCGCCUCCUUCUACAUCUUCAACCUGCUGCUGCCCUGCAUCAUGGUCUCCUUCCUGGCGCCCCUGGGCUUCUACCUGCCGGCCGACUCGGGGGAGAAGGUGUCGCUGGGGGUGACGGUGCUGCUGGCCCUCACCGUGUUCCAGCUGCUGGUGGCCGAGAGCAUGCCCCCCUCGGAGAGCGUCCCGCUCAUCGGGAAGUACUACAUCGCCACCAUGACCAUGAUCACGGCCUCCACCGCGCUCACCAUCUUCAUCAUGAACGUGCACCACUGCGGGCCGGGGGCCCGGGCCGUGCCCCCCUGGGCGCGCCGGCUCAUCCUGCACCACCUGGCCCGGCUCUGCUGCGUCUACGAGGUGGGCGAGAGCUGCAAGGGCCCCCAGCGGGCAUCGGGCGGGCGGGCGAGUGUGGGGGACGCCGGGGGACCGGGGGAAAGCCCCGGGGAGGGGCAGGCGGGCACGGAGGUGCGGGGCUGCCCCUGGGACCACUGCCUGUGCCACCACGACGCCCUGCUGAGGAACGUCGGGUACAUCGCCGGCUGCUUUCGGCGCCAGCGCGCCAACCAGCGCCGCACCGGAGAGUGGAAGAAGGUGGCCAAGGUGAUGGACCGCUUCUUCAUGUGGGUCUUCUUCCUCAUGGUGUUCCUCAUGAGCGUGCUGGUCCUGGGCAACGCUGCCUGAGGGCUCUGCGGAGCCAGCAGUGCGGCCCCCAGGGCUGGCGGUGGCUGCGGGCACCUCACAGGGGGUGACACGAAUGGCCCCGGUCCCCCCAAAGCUGCAGCGCUGAGCGGUCCCAGCCCUGUCUGACUGUACCAGAGCGGGCACCCACGUCCCCCUGUGUCAUCCCGCUCCUGAGAAAUGCAUCAAAUGAAAUAAAGCGUGGAACGUGUGUCCUGCCCCUGCUGCCUGGGACAAGGGUGCUGGCCGGGGUGAGGGUGGCCUGGAGGGAUGGAGGGAUCAGGUCCUGAGCUGAGCUCCUGACAGAUGGGAGAUCCCCGAGGGGAGCGGAGGGGGCUUCCCACGGGAAGGAGUGCGGGGCCCGGCAGGAGCUCUGGAGCUGCUGCCCACCCUGGCCAGGGCAGGUUGGUCCCAUGGUCCAUCCAUCAGUGCCCAGCCUGUGGCAGCCACUGCCCUG